AUGGCACUUCAGCAUGCCUACGUACAGUUUCUCUCCCAACCGAAUGAAUCAUUUCUGGCGGAUGAUGCCUCACUACAUUAUAUAUCAUCGCUAAUUACUAUUCAUAACGCCACCAAAAUUGUGAAAAAUAUUCAAAGCAAUGAGCUGAAGAUCAAGGCACAAGAAGUCCUUGAUGUCGUGGAAGGCACAAACAGUUUAGCAGUCGAGACAAGCACCACUCUGGAGUUUAUUACAGGAGGUGGCUCUUAUUUGCCAUCUCUAGAUGAUAAUUUUCUGACCGGUCGAAUUGUAACCUUGCCCAUAACUCACUUUGUUUCUUUUACUGAAAACUUAAAAAUUAAACAAGUACGGCUUAGCUGGGAUCAAGGCUCUCUUCUCAAAGGCAUCGAUAUAAUUGGUAAAACAGGCCGAAACUGGCCCAUCUUUGAAGGCAAAGAUCAAAUAAAGCUCAUUGCUUCAGCUCAGAAGCCUAAGGGCAACCCAAAUGAUGACCCGGCUACAAGGUUUUACAAUAAUACAAAAGGCUCACAAUUUCCAUCCGUCAAUGAUCAAGAGCGUAGUAUGUCCCAGAAAAAAACAUUUCAUGCCAAAUCAGGUGCUGUAAACAAAUUUGGGCCCUCUCGUCUCUUUGACUUGGAGGGAUCAGAUGCUGCAACUCCUGAGAAGUCGACUAAUGUCAAAAAAUUCCAACAUUUUGACUUUGCAGAAACCGCUGAACAAGAAAAUAAGGCUAGGCCACUCAUGCAUGUGAACGCCAGCAAGCAUGGCACUCAGUGGUCAUUUGAUGAUUUUAUGACACCCCAAAAAAUUGUGCCCUCAAAGGUGCAAAAGAAAAAUGAAGUGCGCCAUUGGGGAAAUAGUGAUGAUGAGGUUAUUGAGAGCACAGAUAGAGUCAAAAAGCAGGAAAAGCCACGGAAGGAAAACGAACGACAUUUUGAGCUUCAGGACGAAGAUUAUCCAGAAGAAAGAAUGCGCAACGUUGGACGUCCUCUGGGGAAAGCUCACAAUAAUGGACUUACCCUUUAUGCGGACCUGUUUGAUGAAAAUAAUGGUAGAAUCAUGGCAGGUGACAAGUCUAACUUGCCAAACUUAUCCAAUGUAAAAGAGAGGCGUAAAGAUCUCGAGCCACAUUUUACAAUGACGGACAAGUCACCCGGAUUCAAGCCAUGCGAGAAAACAUCAGAAGAUAGAGCGAAGACUGUUCGGAUGAUGGAAGCGAACUGGUCAUCUCAUGAUGAUUCACCUAAUCUAAAAGAAAAUAACAAAACUUCUCUCCCACUUCGCUCUGGAACUGGAAACCCCCUGACCGAGACAACUAAUACCUCAAAUAAGAGGGGUGAAACCUACAGAGGUAUCAAAACCGACGGUGAUGGUAUGGGCGGCAAAAAAGGCGCAGAUAGAAUAUGGGGGUUUGGAGAUGAUAGUGACGGCGAGGAAGAGGGUGGAAUUAACCGGGGAGGUAAAUUUGCCACUGGUAAGCAAGCUGGAAAGGCGCAAGCUCUCGGUGGGGAUUUUUGGGAUUUUUGA